GCGGGAGGGAAAAGGCGCGCGCGGAGUGUGUGUGGGGAUAUCCGUUGCUGUUUUUCUUGGAGGAAUAUCAAAAGUUCAUUAGCAUUUCGUGGUUGAUGAGAACAUAAGGGCCACCCCUCUUACUGUAAAAGCAUUCGCUGAGCAGGGUCUUUCUUAAACGGCCGUUUGGAGGGUAGGGCCUGUUAGGACUUCCUGAAGCCUGCUGUAGUCGUUUGGAGCAUAUCAGACGUUAGACGGUUCCUUGUUACUGAGGGAGGAGCACGUCUUAGGACACGCAGCAGCGCCCCUUCUCUUCCUUUCGGGGUGGGGGUGUCUUAAAGCCCGACGCGCCUCCAGGUGGAGAAAGGAAACGCUUUUGUUCUGGGGGCGCUGAAGGAGGAAGGAAGGCUCUCGUAUGCAUUGCGGAACCUUUGGCCCCGAGCUCUUGUUUCCUGGCUGAGCGGAGUUUGGUGGUGGAAUCGGUCUCUGGGGACGUCCGGACAGCUUUCAGCGUGGGACUCGUUGGCGGAGAAUUCUUUGGAAACUUCGCAGAAGACAGAUGGAGGUAAACAACACUAACCAGAAAUAGAUACCAGUACCCUUAUUUGGAUAAGAAAAGUUUGGAAGCUGUUCAUCAAAACACAGUUUGAUUUCCUCAGAAUAUUGUUAUGGCUCUAUCUCUUAAAGUUCUGGAUGGUGUCUUCCUUUUAAAUAAAUGUCACCGACAAAAUGGUUUUUGUUCAUUGUUCAAGCCUCUUGUUGACAGUUGUCAUCCAAGAUUGUACAGUAGCUAUAAGAGACCGGGUACAGCUCCUGACAGAACCCCACCAUGGAAGAAAUUUGACUUCAAUUUUCAGGAGGGAGUGGAAAGGAUCAAGACACAUUUUGGGCUUUUAAGAAAAGAGGUAGUUGACCAUGUGAAAGGGCCUGAGGGACGUCCACUAGUGGAAUACAUGGUGGAACAAGUUAGAGUAGCUUGGGAGUUUCGUAGUGAAGAAGACUUGAAUAAAUGGUCGGUCUCUUCUGAUGCUGAAAUCGGAGGGAAAAGUGAAAUCUUCAUAAAAUUAGGUAAGAAUAAUCAGUCUGCUGUGCUGUAUGGGACCCUCAAUACUGCAGUACCUCGUGAUGGAGAGACAAAAUAUAGUGGCUAUUGCUCUAUGAAAUCAAAACCACGACUGGUUGCUUUUAAUCGAAAGAGCCCUUAUGAUUGGACAAAUUUCAAUAGCCUGUUCCUACGUGUUCGUGGUGAUGGCAGACCUUGGAUGAUAAACAUCUAUACAGACCCGUACUUCUCUCAUCAUAAGGAUGACCUCUAUCAUUAUUUCAUGUACCCCCGAGGGGGACCAUACUGGGAGGAAAUCAAGAUUCCAUUUUCUAAGUUCUUUUUUUCAAGCCGUGGAAGAGUCCAGGAUAAUCAACAUGCACUCUGGUUAGAUAAAAUCAGUACUUUAGGAUUCACUUUGGGUGACAAAGUAGAUGGCCCAUUCCAGCUGGAAAUUGACUUCAUUGGAUUGGUCAAGGACAGAGCACACACAGAAGAAUGUGCUUAUGAGCUAUAUGAAAGAAAUCCCAAGAAGUAAAACAUAGUGAACAUCUAGAAGACUGGUAUUCACCUGAACUGAGAACCUGAUGUUAUACAUUACUGUCAUUACUUAUCCUGCUUUAGUUCCCCCACAUAAGCCAUCCACUAGGAAUGAAUUGGUUGGCAUGAGCUAAAGCACCAGCUGGCGAGGAAAAACCUCAGCCUACUGAAAUUAUUUAGGACAACAGUAAAGUCAAGUCUGCUGUAUUCACGUAUUUCACUUUAGGAUGAGCAUCUAGUUUGUUGCCCUCUAUAAGAUGAUGGUGAUGAUGGAUGGAACGAGCCUGCAUGCUUAUCCUUAUUCUUCCCCUCCUCACCCACCAUGUGUUUGUUAUAGCCUAAAGCAGAACACCUGUAUGGAGCUGGAUAUAUCCUACCCUUGUCAGAACUUUGACACACUGUUGUCUGAUGUAAUGGCUGAAUUACAUUUGAUAUUAGCAUGAAAGAAAAUGUGUAAACUGCCGGACGUUUCCUUAUUCUAUUGUAGGUGGCAUGUUUAUUUUAUAUUAUUGUAUGGUGAAAUAAAUACAGCUAGUGCACUAGUUUGUUCAGAUGAGUGCUGACUGCUUGGUAAAUUACAUGGUGUUUGUUGUUGUGUGGACACCAACACAUUUUUUUUUUGUUUAGAAGGCUGGAAAAUCCCAAUCUCUAUUUAAGGACAUUGGAGAGCUCACAUCUUCACCUGGAAAUCCAUACAUAUACCUUCUUUCGUGUGCUAGAUGCUACUGUAGCUGUUAAGACAUUAAGCUAUGUGAAGCAGAGAAUACCCAAUUCAGAACUCAUGUCAGUAUCUCAAUGCACCCCAAUGUCUUCACCAAUUGCAAUAUUGGAAUAGUAAUACUGAUGUCACACAGUGUAAGAGGUGGUAUGUUUACUGUAUCCAUUGUGCCCCCCUCCCCUGGCUAUAUAGGGAGAGAAAGUUUGAUUAUACACACUAAAUAAAUUAUUCCCCACCAUAUCAGACCCAUGGCACCUGUAGCAGCUAAUAGUAUUAGUUAAUUAAAAUUGACGUUUUCCCCAGGUAGCACAAUAUAUUAUCAACAUCGAUAUUUUAAUUAUAGUAAAUUAACAAAAUUGUAUAAAAACACUCUAAAUUAAGUGGAUCUAAAGAUGUUUUGUCUCUACUGUCCAAUACAACAAGAGCUUUUUGGUCCAUGCUUUGUUUCCAGCCAGCCCAGGCUUUGUUAAGUUAAGAUUUGCAAAGAAAAGGGAAAAAAGUUAACAGUUGUUCUGAAGUUGUUCACAGGCCUUUUUUUAGAAUUGUAGUUUAAGUGGCUAAAUAACUGGAUUUAGUGCCACUAAUUCUGAUUUUUCCAAUCUGGCACUUCCCAGAUGUGUUAGACUAUAACUCCCAUCACCUAAACACAUCUGGAGGGCACCAGAUUGGGGAAGGCUGCCCUAAAUCCUCAUUAGGGUAGCUUUGUUCUGAUAAAAGGUGGACUUAAGCAUGUCACUGCAUAGAAAAUAAGUAACAAAUAUUUACAAGGAAGUAAAUUUUGCAUGUAGAACAUUAUGUAACAGAACAAUUUUGGAGUUCGCUUUAAACAACUCUCAAUCCUCUCCGAGUUCCAAGCACUUGGUCUUUUCUCUGUUUUCUCCCCUGUGCAUGUUUCUCACGCCUCUCUUCUCUGUAAGUGGAAAAAUAUUGAAUUAGGUUACUCAUUUGUUAGUUCU